AGAGGGAGAAAUUGAAUGAGAGGGACAGAGCGAAUUUGAGAAGAGCCAACACACAACAAAACUUCUCCAACUAUCAAGCAAGUGGAGCUACUACAAGACUGGCUUCUCUGCGUUUCUCCCCGCAUGGCUGCUGAGUUCCUGCUAUUUUAACUUGUGCAGCAGAAAGUUCUGGUGGGGAGACAGAGGGGGGUCUCCGCUGAUAAAGAUGGACCAUUUAAUAAGGAGCAGGUCACGCAGGAGAACACCGCUAUUUAUUUUGAUUCUGCUUCAUGUAACGACGGCACAGACGGCUGAUCCUAUAGAUGUUCUGCGAGUGUUAGAGCUGUCAGAGAACAUGGAUGGGGUGUCUCUGGAGGCUGGUCUCUGCACCAGCAGGAGGAGCAUGCAGGAGACAGACUUGGCCUACAAGAUUGACAAAAAGAUCCAACUCAGUGCUCCCACCAAACAGGUCUUCCCAGAUUCCAAAUUUCCUGAAAAUUUUUCCCUGAUGGCUACAGUGCGAGCUAAAAAGGGCUCCCAGUUCUUCCUGCUUUCAGUCUAUGAUGACCAGGGGGUGCAGCAGCUGGGGCUUGAAGUGGGCCGUUCGCCUGUGUUCCUGUAUGAGGAUCAGCACGGAAAGCCCUCGCCGGAAAUGUACCCAAUUUUCAAGAGGAUCAACUUGGCCGAUGGAAAGUGGCACAGGAUAGCCUACAGCGUGCAGGACAAGUCUGUUACCCUGUACUUGGACUGUCAGAGGGUGGAGACCCUGGAUCUGUUGAGAGGGGACAAUGCUGAGAUCAGCACAGAGGGGGUCACCGUGUUUGGGACACGGCUGCUGGAUGAGUCUGUAUUUGAGGGAGAAAUACAGCAACUACUGAUUCUCAAGGAUCCCCAAGCUGCUGCCAGCUACUGUGUUAACUACAUACCAGACUGUGACUCUGCUUUGCCCUACAACAACAUAGCCCUGGAGCUGAAGGAGAACACUCAACUUGGUGCUGAUGCCAUGAUGCAACGUGACCAGCCCAGUGAACCACAGGAGCAGUCUGAAAUGGAUAGUAAGGGCAAAAAGAACAAAAAGAGGAGGGACAAGGGCUCUAAAGGAAAAGGCAAACGCAAAGGCAAGGGCAAGAAGGGAUCCAGAAAGAAAAAACACGAAGAGGGGGCUCUUGAGGAUGGCUUCCUCAGGGUUUCAACAACACUGCCUGAGUACCUUUCCCAGGAACCUUUUAGGUCCACAGUGAUGCCUGAUUUUGAGAGCACCCUAGAAACUAUCAUCCCCACUGAAGUCUCUGAAGACAAGACCCACAUGGUGAUGCCCACACAUGAACCUGACUCUUCAACUGAGGCCCCCACAGUGGUGCCCAGUGCGUUGCCUUUAUCAGAGGUUACCGAGGAGGAGAGCAAGCCAGUGAAGAAGCCAGUGGUGGAGGAGUAUGGCGAUGACCUUUUUGCAGACCUCUAUGAUGAUCUCUCUGUUUCCACGGUAACAGUGGGUCAAAAUGUUACUGAAUAUGAGACUCUUGAAUAUGAAGAUUACAGGAAUGACACAGAGUCGUCCUAUGAAGAGUAUGAAAUCUAUGAAGAUGGCUACGGCUUUGCAGAGCGGGAAAGAGCACAGACGUGGGAAGGAGAGGCUGGCCGCAGAGCAGAGAAAGGCCAGAAGGGAGAGCCUGCUAUUAUUGAGCCGGGUACAUUAGUGGAAGGACCUCCAGGUGUACAAGGGCCACAGGGGCUUGCAGGCCCAGCUGGACCGACAGGCCCUCCAGGACCCAGAGGAGAUCCUGGUGAAAUGGGUCCCCCAGGACGUCCUGGUCUUGCAGGGGUUGAUGGGAUUCCAGGCCCCCCAGGAACCCUUUUGAUGCUACCAUUCCAGUAUGGAGGUGAUUCCCAGAAAGGACCAGUGGUAUCUCCCCUAGAAGCUCAGGCUCAAGCUAUCCUACAACAGACCAAGCUGUCACUGAAGGGGCCUCCAGGUUCGAUGGGUCUCACAGGGCGACCCGGACCUCUGGGUGCUCCAGGUUCCACCGGGCUCAAAGGAAGCAGUGGAGACAGUGGCCCUUCUGGGCCCCGCGGGUUGCCUGGUCCUGCAGGAAUCAAUGGAAAGCUGGGAAAGAGGGGGCGUGCAGGAGUGAAUGGAGGUCGUGGAGCUCCAGGUGAAACAGGCGCUAAGGGUGACAGGGGUUUUGACGGCCUGCCAGGUCUCCCAGGAAACAAGGGACACAAAGGGGACAGAGGAAAGCCUGGUCCUCAUGGGCCCUUUGGAGAGCCAGGAGAAAAGGGAUCUGAUGGUCCACUGGGGCCAAGAGGGCAACCAGGCGAACCCGGUCCUCGGGGUCUUGUCGGACCAAGGGGGGCACCUGGCCCACCUGGCCAAACGGGUAUAACUGGCACUGAUGGAGCUCAAGGGCCAAAGGGCAACGUGGGUCAAGCUGGAGACAUCGGGCCCCCAGGCCAACAGGGAAAUCCGGGAGUUCAGGGCUUGCCUGGUCCUCAGGGUCCCAUUGGAGUGCCGGGAGAGAAGGGUCCCCAGGGGAAACAAGGCAUGCAGGGACUACCAGGCAUUGAUGGCCCUACUGGUCACCCAGGAAGAGAGGGCCCCACUGGAGAAAAAGGCAUUCAAGGUUUACCAGGUGCUCAGGGGCCUGUCGGGUACCCAGGGACCCGUGGAGUCAAGGGAGCAGAUGGAGUGAGGGGUCUAAAGGGGAGCAAAGGAGAGAAGGGAGAAGACGGUUUCCCUGGGUUCAAAGGUGACAUGGGCAUCAAAGGAGACAGAGGUGAUAUCGGAGUUUCUGGUCCUCGUGGAGAAGAUGGACCUGAGGGGCUGAAGGGCCAAUCAGGACCCAUGGGAGAUUCAGGAGCCCUUGGGAUAGCAGGCGAGAAGGGUAAACUUGGCGUGCCUGGUUUGCCAGGAUACCCAGGAAGACAAGGUCCUAAGGGAUCUCUUGGCUUCCCUGGUGUGGCCGGGGUCAUUGGAGAGAAAGGACGACGGGGUCCAGCUGGUCAAGGCGGGCCUGGUGGCCAAAGAGGUCCUAAUGGAGCCCGGGGGGGCAGAGGAGCGAAGGGACCCACUGGAAAGCCUGGAGAAAAGGGUUCUGCUGCGCAGGAAGGCCCCCCAGGAUCCCCUGGAGAACAGGGUCCUCUAGGACCCCUAGGAAGACACGGAGAACCAGGACCUAAAGGGCCUAAUGGGCCGCCUGGAAAAGAUGGAUUGCCAGGUCAUCCAGGCCAGAGAGGGGAGCCAGGUUUCCAAGGCAAGAAUGGACCCCCCGGCCCCUCAGGGGUUGUUGGACCACAGGGCAAAUCUGGUGAGACAGGGCCCACCGGAGAUAGAGGCCAUCCAGGUUCGCCAGGACCACCGGGUGAGCAUGGAUUACCGGGAUCUGCUGGAAAGGAGGGUUCCAAGGGAGACCCUGGUCCAGCAGGAGCUCCAGGGAAAAGUGGCCCCGCUGGGCUUCAAGGCUUCAGAGGGAGCAGAGGGAGCCCUGGCGCAACGGGUCCUGCAGGUCUGAAAGGAGGAGAGGGUCUACCUGGUAUUGCAGGACUCAUUGGUGCACCAGGAGAGAGGGGACCUGCUGGGCCAGCAGGUGCUAUAGGCCAGCCUGGACGGCCCGGUGGGGUGGGCCCUGCUGGGCCGAUGGGAGAGAAAGGCGAACCAGGAGAGAAGGGGCUUGUGGGGCCAGCUGGGCAUGAUGGGGAGUUGGGACCUGUAGGACUGCCAGGAUCUGCAGGAUCUCUUGGGCCGCCAGGAGAGGACGGAGACAAGGGAGAGACAGGAGGACCAGGCCAGAAGGGCAGCAAAGGAGACAAAGGAGAAUUUGGACCCCCAGGACCUUAUGGAAUUCAAGGCCCAGUAGGCCCACCAGGACUGCCAGGAGCAGAUGGUGAGCCAGGUCCUCGUGGGCAGCAGGGAAUGAAUGGACAAAAAGGAGAUGAAGGACAACAAGGCUUUAAGGGGGGAUCGGGUCCUUCUGGACUACAGGGAAUGCCAGGUCCACCAGGGGAGAAGGGAGAGAGUGGGCAUGUUGGCGCAAUGGGGCCUCCAGGACAGCAUGGCCCAAGAGGCCCUCAGGGGUCCAUUGGUGGAGAGGGUGUACCUGGGCUGCCAGGAGGAGUUGGCCAGCCUGGAAUUGUUGGAGAGAAGGGUGAGGAUGGAGAGGCUGGAAACCCAGGGUCACCUGGAGAGACUGGCAUUGCUGGUCCCAAAGGCGAUUUAGGGGAGAAGGGUGACACUGGCCCUCCUGGUGCAGCAGGGCCUCCAGGACCCAGAGGAACACCAGGAGAGGAUGGACCCAAAGGCCACCAUGGCCCUAUUGGAUUCCCCGGGGAUGUGGGACCACCUGGAGAAGCUGGCGUUAAUGGUGUGGAUGGAGGACCAGGACCUAAAGGAGACAAUGGAGAAACUGGCAAAGCAGGACCUGCAGGAGCCUCUGGAGAGCCCGGUCCUUCAGGUCCUCCUGGACGGAGGGGUCAUAUAGGUGCUGCAGGGAAAGAAGGGAAGCAGGGCAUGAAGGGAGCCAAGGGCGGCCAAGGAACCCUGGGUCCAGUGGGUAAGACGGGCCCAGUGGGACCUCAGGGGCAGCCAGGGAGGUCUGGACCAGAAGGCUUCCGUGGCAUCCCUGGUCCUGCUGGGGAGCAAGGGUUAAAUGGUCCACCAGGACAAACUGGACCACCAGGACCACUAGGACCGCUAGGACUUGCAGGAUUAAAAGGAGACCCUGGAAAUAAGGGAGACAAAGGUCACGGUGGGCUGAUCGGUCUAAUUGGACCCCCUGGAGAACCUGGUGAGAAGGGAGACAGAGGUCUGCCAGGGAACCAGGGCACACAAGGGCCUAAAGGAGAUGAGGGUGUGACAGGACAACCAGGUCCCACUGGCCCACUAGGACCACCUGGACUGUCAGGUGCGGCUGGUGAGAAAGGAUCGAAGGGAGAACUGGGUGGUGUUGGUCCCAGAGGAGAUACAGGCCGUGCUGGCCCCCCAGGACCCCCAGGACCCCCUGCAACAAUGAUUCAGCCCCUGCCCAUGAGGGAGGGCAAACGGAAGAAACGUAGAAACUCUGAUAAGGACAGAGAAGUAGCUCCACCCAGGGAGGAGGACGUAGAACUGGAUAUGGAGGAGCUUCUACAGGGAGAUCAGCCUCUGGAGGAUGCUGAAGGAAUGGAAGAAGUCUUUGCCAUCCUAUCUUCCAUGAAAACCGAUGUGGAGGUCAUGAGGAGACCCCUAGGAACUUUUGAAAGUCCUGCUCGGACCUGCAAGGAGCUCAUGAUGGUCCAGCCCAGCUAUAAAGAUGGGGACUACUGGAUUGAUCCUAACCAGGGCUGUCACCGAGACUCCAUCAAGGUCUACUGUAACUUCACAGCUGAUGGAGAAACAUGUCUCUACCCUGACAAGAGGAUUGAGAUGGUGAAAUUAGCAGCCUGGAACAAAGAGAAGCCAGGAAGCUGGUACAGCCAGUACAGGAAAGGAAAGCAGUUCUCCUACGAUGACAGGGAUGGGAACCCUGUAUAUGUAGUUCAGCUAACCUUCCUGAAACUACUGAGUGCCACGGCCAAGCAAAGCUUCACCUACACCUGCCAGAACUCAGCUGGCUGGUUUGACAGCACCACCCGCUCCUACCAGCAUGCCCUCCGCUUCAGGGGCAGCAACGACGAGGAGCUGACACAAGCCAAAAGCCCCUUCAUCAGCGCAGUGCAUGAUGGAUGCCAGUCCCGCAAAGGUCAGGAAAGGACAGUUCUGGAGAUUGACUCCACGGCAGAGCUGCUGCCUAUUAUAGAUGUGGCUCCAGCAGACUUUGGCAACAGUAACCAGAAAUUUGGAUUCCAAGUUGGACGAGUUUGCUUCAAUGGUUAACAUCACACCAACAAAGAACCAAAAAUAAGGACCUUGACAGCGGGUUUUAGUGAGAAAAACUGGACUUAAACUGCAGUAAUAUUUAUUAUAUUCUGUUCCUGUAUGUGGUUGGUUUGUGGUAUGUUAUUUCAGACUCUUCCACAGCCAGUGAAAUAGGUUCUAUGGCUUUACAACAAUGAGAAGAAUGUCAAGAAUGAGGACAUGCAACAGUGUGAACAGAGCACAUUUACCAAAGGGAAACAUUACAGUUAGAUGUAUUUAAUUGUAUUUAAGUGUUUUUUUUAUCUCACUGUUUGAGUGUGCUGUGUUCUCUAGAAUAAUGUGGAUUGCACCACUUGACAUAAACAAGUCCAAUCUGUCCCAUCACAGAAA